AUGGAUCCCCUUUCGAUCUCCGCCUCGGUCGCCGGGCUCAUUACGAUAUCAACGCAAAUUCUUGGCAUCAUCGGGGCCGUCAAAUCGAAGAACAAGAAGGGACUCGAGUCAAUCUCACGAGAGGUCACAACUGUUCGAGGCAUCCUUUGCCAGAUUCAAGAGAUCAUUCAGUUCCAGUCGACAAAGCCGACCAAAAGUGCGGAGUGGUUGGACACACUGAACACAACCCUAGAUGAUUGCGGAGAGACGUAUCUUUCUCUUCAAAAGGACUUGCAAGCGCUCGUUUCAAGCUCCAAACUGACAUCUCUGAAAAUGAAAGUCAAAUGGACACUCAAGGAAAGUGAUAUCCAAGAUGCUUUGAGAAAGCUGGAGAGCUACAAGCUCUCGUUGGACUUAUUGCUUUCAAUCCAGACCAAUACUGCAACGACAAACAUCGAGGAAAUUCUCAGACAGGUUCAGACCAAGCUAUCGUUGAAACCUACAGAGUCUCCUACUGUCCGAACGCCUCUUGCUUGGAGGCAAAAGUUGGCAGGCUUGGACACAGGAUCAGUGACGGUACCGACAAAUGACACUGAUUCAACAUCCUCAACUUUAGGGAAUAGCAGCAUUUCUCUCGUUAAAGAUAAUGAUACCUCUUUCAUUAUUCCUGGGUCAGAAAGAGCAGGAUGGGAUAAACCAGGUUUCUACGGCAUUACUAAAGAUGAAGGCUUUGACGCCCCUGAUCUAAAUGAUCCUGAUCUGAGCUGCGUCUGCGAAAUGCAAAUUGGCAGACAGAAAAUUAGCCUCGUCUGCAGCUGGGAUGGGGAAGAGCCGAGCGGGACAAGCGGAACGAUGAGGCCUAUUGUGGCGCAUCUUCUCUUCAAGGUUUUGUCCGCUACGCUGUGUGAGCGAGUAUUCGCUCCAGUAGGAGAAACGAGCCUGGUAAUCGCCCGCUGCGAUUCUAAAAGCACUGUGUGCGCUACCGGUGAACUUGAUGUACAUGAAAACCAAAAUGACUUUUGUCUCAUGCUGGGUGCUUUUGCUUUGAGAUCAAAGCCUGGUUCUGAGCAAAUUCUGGUGAAUUUUGAAAAUGAACAAGAUCGAGAUCAGUUUCUCGUGCAUCUGUACGCAGUUCGAUAUCUACAACGGAUGGAUCAUGCAUUUGCCAGUCCUCUAAAGCUAUAUCAUUAUUCCCCUGCUCAUCUAAGAGCUCAGCAUGUCCAAUUGGGAUAUGAGAAUGGCACUGAGAAAUCAUAUAUCUACCCAUAUUUCUAUGUUGAAUACAGCCUGGAGAGCCGUUCCCCGAGAAUCGCGUGCGCAACGAAGCUAGAUAGCCAGGAAUCAGUAUUCAGCGAAGAUCUUUCGGCACUUGAUUUUCAAAUAGUGGGAGAAGAAACCAUUGUGUUCAAUACACCAGAUGGAAGCGCCCUACGAACCAUCUCAAUAACCUUUAGUGGUCUAAACGAGCUUUUCCGGGUUUAUUAUCGUUUAGAAGAUAUCCUUCAGGAGUGGAGACUUCUCAAGACGAAGAAGAUCGAUGAAUUCGAGGUCAAGAAACAAUGGUCUUUCAAAAGGCUAGAGUUCUGGGAAGAAUCAAAAACGCCUGAGAGCCCAUUCUACAAUGUGGUCGUCGUUGCCCAAGCCGACCUCUUCCUGAAAAGAAUGAAGAUGGAUGUAUUUGACCAAGAGCAAACUCGGAAGCUAGCCUCUUAUUAUGGUAUGUGGAUCCCAUUCUUGCCAUUGAUCUCUCUCCCUUAUCAUUUGCUUUACUGA